AUGGAAUCGGAAAGAUCAACACCAGAUCCCAACUUAAUCAUUGAUUCAUUUGGGCAUCCAUAUCCAUCAAUCAAUAUGCAAUCUGAAGUUGUUGAGGAAAUUAUUUACGGCUUGGAAUCAGGCAUUUUGUUUGGUAUUGAAGUUGAUGUGGUGAAAGGUGAAGAGAGUAAGGAGGAAGCAGAGGAGGUAAGCAAGAAGGCGAAGAGAGGCCGAAAGGGUAGUUCGAAGAAAGCUGCAAAAGAUGAGAAGGCGGCGAAGAGUGAGCCCGGCUCGAAAGAGCCUGUUACGCCAAUUGAGAGGCCGAUCAGGGAGAGGAAGACUGCCGAGCGGUAUUCGGAGCCUUCGACUGGGAGAAGUGCAAGCAAAGCAUUGUCCAUUGAGAAGGGUCAAGGCACACAGCUUAAGGAUAUACCAAAUGUGAUCCCUUUCAUUUCAGAGGAGAAAGGAACUGGAAAAGGUGGGAAGCCUCUCCAUUACAAAGGGAGCAAAUUCCAUAGGAUCAUUCCCAGUUUUAUGAUCCAGGGAGGUGAUUUUACUCUUGGUGAUGGGCGGGGUGGAGAAUCAAUCUAUGGUGACAACUUUGCCGAUGAGAAUUUUGAACUGAAGCACACCGGCCUUGGAGUAAUAUCCAUGGCAAAUGGAGGAGCAGACACCAACGGAUCACAAUUCUUCAUUACUACUGUGACAACUAGCUGGUGA